CGCCCAAUUGUAUGCGGGAGUUUCAAAACCUGCAUUCAAUCAUGGCUGCUAAUUCUUCGGAAGAAGAGCCCAUUACUCCACAAUACAAAGCUACAGAGCUAUGGCAGAAAAUAGUGGAGGAUUUCAGGGCGGGAAUGCCGGCAAAGAGACACAGGCAGAGAAUGAAAGUGUUAGAAAACAGUUUCACGGGAACAGAAGCUGUUGAAUGGCUGACAAAAUACCUGCAGAACUCUCAGAUGUUCCAGAGCGUCUCGAAAGAACAGGCUACUACUUUGCUACAAAAGUUUUUGGAAUGUGAAGUGAUUGAGGAUGCCAAAGGGAAGGAGAGAGACAAAUUCAAUGAUGGCAGCUCUCUUUAUCAUUUCGUAACUCGUCCUGGACCACUCAACUUCCUUGGGUUUACCCCAACCAAGAGAAAGAGACAAGAGAUUGAAGAGGAACAAAAAGAGGGGAGCUCAUCUUCUGUAUGUCUCGCUAAUCCUUAUGCAGCUGCUGCUGCUGGGGAAGAUAUAGGAGGAGAAGAGGGGGAAGUAGAAACUGAGAUAGAAAGUAUUUCAAGUAUUUUAUCGGUCAAUUCAACAUCACCAGUACUAAAAAGUGGGCCAUUGACAGUAACUGAAGAUGAGAAGCAUAAAAUAUGGCAAGACAUGACACUAACAAGAUUGCUAACAAUACUACCAUCUUUGGGCACACUGCCUGUGGUGGAUGGAGGAAUUAUAGCAAGCAAUUGUGAUAAAGAAAAGAGAGGAGGAGAGAGGAGUACAAUUGAAGACAUACCUGCUUGGAUCAUAAUGGCUUUCAAGUGCCUAUCAAAAUGGCCUACAGGAUCUGCAGAAGAUGUUACAGGUGGUCUACCUAUCUAUCAUGGUUUUGAGCAAGAUGUCUUCCAAGCUAUAAGUAACUACUUCACUCAACAGCUUCAGCAACCACUCAUUCCUCAGGCACUCUAUGAGCUGAUCCUGACCUCAAUACAUCCACUGAUUGCUAGAAAGGACAGUACAGCUACUGAUGCACUCCAGCUAAUAUCUUUAAUGAUUGAGCCAAGUUUAAGAUUAAAACUGCACAGACUGUUGAGGUUUAUAAGCAAAGCCAGUAAUAAUGAACAACUGAAGCUGUCACUGAGAAUCAGCAAUAGAGAAUUGAUGCUUGAAAGGUUUUCUCUAGCCAUUCUUAGACCCAGCGGUCGCUCCGUUGUACCAGUAGACCAGCGUCAAAAGAUAAAGCAGAUCACUGGUCACAUGGCUGACCAUUAUCACACCAUAUUCCGCCUGCCGUCAGAAUUACUGAGAGACGUCCAGCGAGAAUUGGAAGAGCUGCAUGCAAGGAAAAUCUCACCUCAAUAUUGCCAGAGGGUGAGCUUUGAUGAAUAUGAGAGACAAAAGAACAGCACUCCUGUUGAUCACCUGCAGGAGCUGCUUGACAGCAUUGCUCAUGAUGAGAAUGUAUCAGCAAAAAUAAGGAAACAAAGACUCAAGCAAUUUAAGCUGAAUUAUCCUGAUAUAUAUUUUCGAAAAUUCCCUCCACAUUCGUCUCACGAAGGAGGAGGGAGAGAGAGAGAAAGAAGACUCCACAGAAUAUCAAACUAUAUUUAAUUUAAUGUCAGAAAGCUAUAGACAAAAUACUCUCUCCAUGUAAUGGACAAUUGUAACAUAACAUAUAUAUUGUAUUCAGAGUAGAUUAGGUACAUUGACAUAAUAAUUAACUUUCUUUUCUGCUAACACAAUAAUUGCGAUUUAAAAUA